AUGUUGGGUGUUGCGAGGGAGAAGGCGAGGGUGGAAGGGGUAGGGGUGGAUGGGGAGGAGGUGGUGAGGUUUUUGGAGGGGGAUGUGGGGGCGUUGGAGGGGUUGGAGGGGUUGGAAUUAGGGAAUGGAGAAGGGGAGGAAGAGGAAGAGGAAGAGGAAAAGUUUGAUGUCAUUACCAUUUGUUCAGCGUUAGUCUUGUUGGAUAGGCCGGGGGAAGCGAUGAAAGGGUGGGUGGAGAGGUGGUUGAAGAGGGGUGGGAGGUUGGUUUGUGAUGUUCCUUGUCCGAGGGCUAUGCUGGGUAUCAAGACCUUAGCGAGAGUCGGGAAAAUGGUAGGAGUAGAAACGUUAGGGGACUGGGAGUGGGUGGAGGGUGCUGAGAGUUUGAGAAAGAUGAUGGAGGGUGCGGGACUAGAUGCUAGGGUAAUUGAGACGGAGGCGUGGGAGGAGGUUCCGAGUAGAACGAAGUUUUUGGGAAGAAUGGGGGAGGAGGGAGUUUGGGGUGUGGAGGAGGGAGGGGAUGUUUUUGAUGACUUGACGAGGGGGAGGGAGAAGUGGAGGGAGAGGAGGGAGGAGGCGAGAGGGUUGUUUGAGGUGGAGUGGAGGGGAAUGGGUGGAGAGGAUGGGCUUGUGAGGGAGGUUAAUGGGUUAUUUGUUGGGAUUGGGGUUAAGAGAUGA